AUGGCUCCCGCCUCCGCCACCACUCAGAAACCCAACGACAAGGCCAAGAAGCAGACCUCCCAAGCUCCUGGCACCCCCAAGGCUGAGUCUGAGAGCCCCGUCUCGGAGACGAACGGUUCUGAGCCUACUUACUUGAAGGAGUUGCAAAAGAGCCUGCGCAAUGCGGUCAAGAAGCUGAACGCGACUGCCAAGAUCGACGCCAUCAUCGCCGAGAACCAAGGCAAAUCCCUGGACGACCUCGUUGUUGAGAAGAAGAUCAAUGCGGACCAGAAAGCUCAAGCCCUGAAGAAGCCCGCUCUCCAGGCAUCCAUUGCACAGAUUGAGGAGCAGAUUGGUCACUACAAGCAGUUCGCUGCCCAAUACGAGGCCCGCUUGGAGACCCAGAAGGCUGCUCUGGACAAGGCUCACCAGGAGGAGCUGGAGGCUGUCCGUGCCAAUGCUAUUGCUGAUGCUACGGAGACCUCGUCGCGCGUUCUGCGCGAGCAAUUGCUCACUCUGACCAAGUUCCUGUGCGCUGCUGCUAACAUGCGCCAUGCGGGUGAGACCGAGUCCCUUGAGAGCCGUGCUUUUGAGGGUGUACUCUUCCAGGUCUAUGGAGGUAACAAGAAGGCUGUUGACUCUAUGGUCAAGCUUGUUGAUGGUGCGGACGAGAAGGUGGUGGGUGUCGAGGGCGAUGCUCUGGAGCUGAGCUAUGGCGAUGUGAAGCUGGCAUCCAACAAGUUUGCUCCCGCUGAAGAGACCCCCGAAGUGACCACCGAAUCCGCCGCCGUUUCCGACCCUACCAUUGCCAAUGCUAGCCUGACCGAGCUUCAGGAUUCCUCCGUCAGCGACGAGUUGGCUGCCUCCGAGGCGGCCAAUGCCACUCCUCAGGGCGAACAGGUUGCACCUCCCUCGCAGACCUUGAUUUCCGAUGCUGCCAACCAGGUGGCUCAGACGACCUACAACCCAACCUCCUUGGAGUCCUCGGCCACCACUGAUGGCUGGGUGGAGGUUCCCCGUGACCCCGCCGAGACUGAGACUGGUCUCCAGGCCACCCCUGCCGACGUGAACAACAACACCGUUUCUGCUGAGGGUGCCGGACCCGGAGCUAAGGGACAGAAUGGCGGUCACAGCGGCCGUGGUCGGGGCCACCGUCGUCCCCGUGGUGGUGAGGGCUCUCGUGGACGCGGAGGCCGAGGUGAAUUCCGUGGCCGUGGCCGCGGCGGUCGUGGUGGUCGUGGCCGUGGCGGAUUUAACAGUUCCCCAGCCGCUACUCCCUCCCCCGAGAGCCAGGCCGCUGCCCAGUGGUAA